GAACCGUAUAUAGAGUUUUUGCGUGUGACAGAUGACAGAGAUUUAAUGAAAGUCUGUAGAAUUUUCUAUUGCCUUUAAUCUGUCCAGGAAUUAUAAAAUCGUUCAAUGGUUCACCAAUCACCCUCCCAAACUACGAAACAUGAGUUGCUGAUUGACAUAACACAACCUCGACGGAAGAUUCAAGUGACCUGCCUUGCAUUGACCGUCCUUGUUGUCGUUCUCUUUGUUACACGAGAUUGGAUCGGAGCAGAAAGAUUCUGCUUGACACGCAGGUUUUUUGAAGAAGUAGACCCAAUCGACAAACCAUUAAACGAUGCCACGAUUACUGCGUGGGUACGUCGGGCUUGGAAGUACUCCGAAUCGACGAAGGCGAACGAGAAUGCGAAAGGCUCCGCCGCCUCCUCCUCCUCGGUCAAACAGCAUUCCCAGAAACAGUCAAGCGAAACCAUCGUCUGUUACUAUACAGUACAGGGAAACCUGAACACGUCGAGGGAGCUCCGUCCGUCGCACAUUGACCCUCAUAUUUGUACGCAUAUUAUCGUGGGUUUUGCGCGCGUGGUGAACUGUACUCUCAGUCUGGGCGAAACAUCGUGGGUCUAUGAAAGAGUAGCGGCACUCAAGAACCACGAGCCUGGACUGAAAGUAAUGGUCAGUGCCGGCAGUAUGGACGAGCUCCAUUCUGGCUUUCCAGAAAUGGUACUAAACCAUGCUAACAGGAAGACGUUUAUAAAGUCUGUUUUAAAUAUUACGAAAACUUUUGAUCUGGAUGGUUUAGACAUAGACUGGGAGUUCCCAGCAUGGACUACGGAUGACGUCAGACAGCGAAUACACUUUGUACAGCUGAUCCAAGAGUUGAGAAAGGAGUUUGAUCAAAGCAGUCAGAAAUUAAUUUUAUCGGUUGCUGUAGCAGCACCACAGGCUAUAGUUGAUCUAAGCUAUAACAUUCCAGCAUUAGCUGAGUAUGUAGACUUUAUCAACCUGAUGUCGUAUGACUUCCACUACUAUAUUUGGUACUACCCGGUGACAGGUCUGAACGCACCACUUUUCCCAGCAUCUACGGAAACAGGAUAUUUGUCUACUUUAAACGUAAACUUCUCAGCAUUGUACUGGGUCUCAAAGAAUAUGCCGCGAGAUAAGAUAAUAAUAGGCAUUCCUACUUAUGGACAUUCCUAUAAAUUGGUCAAUUCUGCGAACCACGAUUUGCAAGCUCCUUCGAGUGGACUUGGUAAUCUUGGAAUGGACGGCUUCGUGCCGUAUUCUGAUAUUUGCACGUUUCUGAAAAAUGGAGCAGAAAGAGUUUUCGUAAAUGAGAGUAAAGUACCUUACAGUUAUAAAGAUACCGAAUGGGUCUCUUACGACGAUGUAGAAAGUGUCACUCACAAGGUGAAUUGGAUUCGUUCCCAAGGCUUUAAAGGCGCAAUGAUAUUAUCUCUUAACACUGACGAUUGGAAUUCUACAUGCCAAGAAAACGUGAAGUUCCCUCUUACUCGUGCAGUGUACCAAGUACUGAAACUUCCUUCCGGUGUAACAAAUUUUAAAUCUCCAUUAUGAAAUGUUUCCCCUGCACGUCUCCAUAAACUUAAAACAUUUCAAGUAUCUCGGUGUUUGCACAAUUUACUGUAAACGAAGGAAAUUAUCUACGAUAAAUCACUAGUACUCCAUUAAGCUGCGAAGGAGUAACGAUGACAUUUGAAAGAUGCUUUCAGACUCAUAAGAUCCUUCGCAGAGACGUGGAUAAUUUAAGUAUUAUAAAUACAGUCUAAUUGAAGAGCUUAUCUCCGAAAUGUCUGGAACCUCGUAUUGCAUAAUGAUAAAUGGGUACAGGAUUAUGGUCACUGAUGCACAAUGUACGAAUUCAUUUCUCCGUUAUUUCUGAAACAUUUGCGUUACUGAGUUCCAGACAAUUGUUCCAAGUUGCUCAAAUGUUUCCUCUUGAGAAGGUACAAAGUCCGAACAUUCUCAAAUCCGAGCUAUCCAUAAUCUCGUGUGUGACAUUUUACGUUUUAAUUAUUUAAAUAUAUCUAAUUGAGUUCUAGUUAAGUAAUUAAGUAAAAGUGCAAUUAUGUACCUACCUCUGCCAAACUGAAAUGAAGUUACAUGUACACCAAGA